AUGGGCGACACCAGCGAGAGAAGCAAGCCGCCCGGCCUCCCUCCCCGCUGUCCCUGCGGCUUUUGGGGGUCCAGUAAGACCAUGAAUCUAUGUUCCAAGUGUUUUGCAGACAUCCAGAAAAAGCAGCCGGGCGAGGACCGCCCUACCAAGAGCGGCAGCCCGUCGCCCGUCUUCGGCGGCGAGACGGCCACGCCCGCCAACGCCGACAAGAGUCCAUCUAUAUCGGCACCGGCUGCCGGGGAACCUUCGCCGCUCUUCGUCGCCUCCGUCGAGGGCACGCUGUCCACGGUGACGGCGCAGGGUACGACGCGCACGCCCACGAAACGCCCUCGAGAGUCCGGUGCGGUCGUAGACUCCGAUCCGGUGACGAGCUUAAUCCGCGCCGGCUCGAACCCCGCCUCGACAUCGGAGAGCGAGGCCACGCCGGAGAAGCGGCCGCGAGUUGAAGCCAAAGAUGGGGAAGGCGGCGGCGAAGAGGAGGAGAAGGCCGCCGCCACCGCCGCCGGCACACCCAAGCAGAAGAAUCGCCGGCGCUGCUUCAGCUGCCAAAGCAAACUGGAGCUAGUGCAGCAGGAAUUGGGCUCCUGCCGCUGCGGCUACGUCUUCUGCAUGCUGCACCGUCUCCCCGAGCAGCACGACUGCCUCUUCGACCAUCUGGGGCGCGGGCGCGAGGAGGCGGUCCUUAAGAUGGUCAAGCUGGAUCGCAAGGUGGGCCGCUCGUGCCAGCGCAUCGGCGAGGAGUGCUCCUGA